AAUAGGGAUCAAAUCAAUUCCGACCACAGAUUGAAAAUACUUCUUGACCGAUACGUCGAGUGCACCGAAAACCUUCUGGAGCUCUACGAAGACAAAGAUGGCGCCCGAAAGGCAGAGGUGGACGCCAUGUCCGGACCCAAUGAGUUCUCCGAAUUUUACGCGCGGCUGAAGAACAUCAAAGAGUUCUACAGAAGACAUCCAAAUGAGAUCAGUAUUCCGAUGGCCGUCGAGUUCGACGAGUUGUUCAAAUUGCGAGACAAUCCAAAUGAGAUUAAUUUAGUUGACUUCACCGACGAAGAGGGUUACGGGAAGUUCUUGGAUCUCAACCACUGUUUUGAGAAGUAUCUCAAUCUGAAAGGCGUCGACAAAAUCGACUAUUUGUCGUAUUUAUCACUUUUCGAUCAACUCUUCGAUGUGCCAAAGGAUAGGAAACUGAACGCCGAUUACGUCCGCUAUUUGGAGACACUUCUGGAUUAUUUGCAGGAUUACUGCUCACGAGUUAAACCAUUGCUGUCGCUUCAAACCUUAAUGGAGAAAGUAUUGGUCGACUUUGACAAGCAGUGGGAGUCGGGAUCGUUCCCGGGAUGGCCGAAAGAGGCGGGCAGUGCUUUGACCCAUUCGGGAGCGCAUUUGGAUUUAUCCGCUUUUACAUCGGUUGAAGAGUUGGCGUCACUCGGUUUGGAUCGGCUUAAGUCGGCUCUCAUCGCA